GCAACACACUCACAGAGAUUUCACGACAGUGCACUCAUGCUGGAGGAAAACCAGGAACAUGGAGAACAGAACAGCUCUGUCCAAUGACAUGUCCUCUAAACAUGGAAUACCUGGAGUGUGGGAGUCCAUGCAAGAACACCUGCUCAGAUCUAGAUGCAAGUCUACUGUGUACAGAACACUGUGUGGAUGGAUGUUUCUGCCCUAAUGGCACCAUUGAGGAUGACAUUGGUAAGAAAGGUUGUAUUCCUGUGAAUGAGUGCCCAUGUGUGCACAAUGGCAACAUAUACCUAUCAGGAGAGUCAUACACACAAGCUUGUAAAACAUGUGAGUGUGCUGCUGGACACUGGAACUGCAUAGAUCUGGAAUGUCCCGGAAUCUGCUCUAUUGUGGGAGGGUCUCAUAUCAUCACAUAUGAUGGAAAAAAAUUUACCUUUGAUGGCACCUGUGACUACAUCCUCACUAAGCACUCUAAUGACAGUGACAUUGCGGUGGUGGGAAAUCUGGCACAGUGUGAUCCGGCCCGAACAGAAACAUGUCUAAAUUCAGUUACCCUUGUCAUCUCAGGGACCACUAUUAGUUUUUUCUCCAGUGGAUCCGUAAUGAAUGAAAACAGUCCAUAUCUGCUUCCUGUAAUUAAAGGUCCUGUGAGCAUCUUCAAACCCUCUUCCUCUUUCAUCAUUGCUGAUAUGAAGAGUCUUCGUCUAGAGAUCCAGUUGGCUCCAGUCAUGGAGUUGUAUAUUGUAGCCAGUACUGAAGAGAAAGGGAAAAUGAGCGGUCUGUGUGGCAACUAUAAUGACAACCAAGAAGAUGACUUUAAAACGGAAUCAGGAAUUAUAGAGGGCACAUCAACAACCUUUGUCAACAUAUGGAAGAAAAACAUUUAUAGUUGUACAGAUGUUAAAAACACAAUUUUUCCAAAUAAUCCCUGUAUUGUGGCUUCGAACACAGAGAAAACGGCUAAAGACUGGUGUUCCCGUCUUACAAACCCAAACGGAGUCUUUUCCCCAUGUCAUUCAGAAAUACGUCCUGAGAUUUACUAUGAAUGGUGUGUCUAUGACACCUGCAAAUGUGCAGAUAUCAGGAAGUGUAUGUGUGCGGCCGUGUCCAACUAUGCCCAUGCCUGUGCUGCCAGAGGAGUCAUUCUCCAGGGAUGGAUGGAUUCUGAUCCCUGUGAUUCAGUGACUGAGUGUUCAGGAAACAUGAAGUACUCUUACGGCGUGACCAGCUGUGGCAGCACCUGCCGCUUUCUCAGUGUACAUGCUUACAAUUGCUCAAUGUCCUUCACACCUGUAUUUGGCUGUGUCUGUCCCGAGGGCACCUACCUCAACGAAGCAGGCAGCUGUGUGCCUGCUCACCAGUGUCCUUGUUAUGAUGGCGACAAGGUCAUAGACCCAUCAGGAAUAUUCUACAAUAAUGGUGUUAAAUGCACAUGCAACCAUGGCAAAUUGCACUGCUCCAGUCAAGAAGACUGUGUGGCUCCAAUGACAUUCUUCAAAUGCUUAAAUCCUGGAAAAAGAGGGACAGAGUGUCAGAGGACAUGUGAGAAACAAGACCCAAACAGUUGUGUGAGCACAGGUUGUGUAUCAGGGUGUAUGUGUCCGGAUGACCUUCUGGCUGAUGGAAAAGGUGGGUGUGUGAAGAGGGAAGAAUGUCCAUGUACCCAUAAUGGAGUCACCUAUUCACCUGGAGAUCAAGUUCAACAGGACUGUAACACCUGCACAUGCAAAGAUGGGAUGUGGAUUUGUACUGAAAAGGCAUGCUACGGCACCUGUACCAUCUACGGUGAAGGUCAUUUCAGGACUUUUGAUGGCAAGAGAUAUUACUUCCAUGGAGACUGUGAACACACCAUAGCCCAGGAUUAUUGCAACAUGGACCAGGCUCUCUCCUUUAGCCUUGUCGCAGAGAACAAACUCAGUGAGACCACCAACAACAUGUACAAGUCUGUCAGUCUCUUAUUUGGGCAAUACAGGAUACAUUUGUCAGAGGAUGGAGUCAAAGUUGUUGAAAGCAACUGUACUGAUGGCCAAUAUCAAAUCUAUACUGCUGGGAUAUACAUUAUUACAGAGGUCAAAGGUCUUUUGAACUUAAUCUGGGACAAUAAAACAAGUCUGAUUGUCCAACUCCAUCCCAAAUUUAAGGGCAAAGUGUGUGGACUGUGUGGAAACUUUGAUGAUAAUGCAAACAAUGACUUUGUGAAGCACAAUGGAGAAGUGGUGACAGAUCCAGAGGACUUUGGUAAUAGCUGGAAGGUGGAUCCCAAAUGCCAAGAUAACACAAACAUGAUGGACUCUUGUACACAUCAGAUAAAUCAACAUCGGUUAUCCCUGGCUGAAAGACGAUGCAUCAUCAUUAAAAAUAAUGUCUUUGAGAAAUGUAAUGCAUCUGUAGAUUCUGGCCCAUACUAUGAUGCCUGUGUAAAGGACACAUAUACAUGUGACACUGUGGGUGACUGUGAUUGUUUCUGUACUGCAGUGGAAGCUUAUGCUGCUGAAUGUCGUAAAAAGGGGGUUUGUGUGACAUGGCGGAGUCCAGAAAAUUGCCCUUUAUUCUGUGACUACUACAACUCCCCAGAAAAAGAAUGUGAGUGGCGCUAUAAAUCCUGUGCAGAACCCUGCAUAAAAACCUGCAGAAACCAAUUAGGAACCUGCUCUAAUCAAAUUCCUCUUCUUGAAGGAUGUUUCCCUAAGUGUCCUUCAGAUAGGCCAUAUCUGAAUGAGACAACAAUGCAGUGUGUUGCAUCUUGUAACCCUCCACAUUUCUGUGGAAAGAAUUGUACUUCUACAAAUUGUACAACACCUUCUGCAACAACAUCAACAACAGCAUCAACAUCAACGGAGACACUUACAACCACUUCCAUUACUACAACAUCUACAGUAACAACAACAUCUACAGAGACAGAAAAAACACCUUCUACAACUCCUACAACACCAACUUCAACAGAGACACCUACAACCACUUCCAUUACUACAACAGCUACUGUAACAACAGCAUCUACAGAGAGAGAAACAACACCUUCAACAACAACAUCAACAGAGACGCCUACAACCACUUCCACCACUAUAACAACUACUGUAACAACAACACCUACAAUAUCUUGUAACCCCACCUAUGGUUGUAAGUGGUCGAACUGGUCGGACAACAACCUACCCAGUGAAGAACCCAAAGGACUGAAACCGAAUCCAUUGAUAGACAGAAACAACACCUUCUACAACAACACCAUCAACGGAAACACCUGCAACAACUUCAACUACUACACCAACAACAACAUCUACAGAGACAGGAACAACACCACCUACAACUCCUACAACACCAACAUCAACAGAGACACCUACAACCACUUCCACUACUACAACAACAACAUCUACAGAGACAGGAACAACACCACCUUCAACAUCAACAACAGAGACACCUACAACCACUUCCAUUACUACAACAGCUACUGUAACAACAACAUCUACAGGGACAGAAACAACACCUUCUACAACAACAACAUCAACAGAAACACCUACAACCACUUCCAUUACUACAGCAUCUACUGUAACAACAUCGACAGAGACAGAAACAACACCUUCUGCAACUCCUACAACACCAACUUCAACAGAGACACCUACAACCACUUCCACCACUACAACAACUACUGUAACAACAACAUCUACAGAGACAGAAACAACACCUUCUGCAACUCCUAUAACACCAACUUCAACAGAGACACCUACAACCACUUCCACCACUAUAACAACUACUGUAACAACAACACCUACAAUAUCUUAGACAGAAACAACACCUUCUACAACAACACCAUCAACGGAAACACCUGCAACAACUUCAACUACUACAACAACAACAAAAUCUACAGAGACAGGAACAACAACUCCUACACCACCAACAUCAACAGAGACACCUACAACCAUUUCCAUUACUACAACAGCUACUGUAACAACAACAUCUAUAGAGACAGAAACAACACCUUCUGCAACUCCUACAACACCAACUUCAACAGAGACACCUACAACCACUUCCACUACUACAACAACAACAUCUACAGAGACAGGAACAACACCACCUACAACAUCAACAACAGAGACACCUACAACCACUUCCAUUACUACAACAGCUACUACAGAAACAACACAUUCUGCAACUCCUACAACACCAACUUCAACAGAGACACCUACAACCACUUUGACCACUACAACAACUACUGUAACAACAACAUCUACAGAGACAGAAACAACACCUUCUGCAACUCCUACAACACCAACUUCAACAGAGACACCUACAACCACUUCCACCACUAUAACAACUACUGUAACAACAACACCUACAAUAUCUUGACUGAAACCGAAUCCAUUGAUGCUUUGUUGGCUUCACAAAACAUGAGCUGUCAGAAAGUAGAAGAAAUUGAAUGCAGAGCAGUGGAUUAUCCAAAUAUAUCCUUGAGAAAGUUGCAGCAAACCGUGCAUUGCAAUGCAUCCUAUGGCUUGAUGUGUUCAAAUAAAGAAAAUGUAGACCACAUGAUACCAAUUUGUUUCAAUUAUGAAAUACGUGUAUGUUGCUGUCCUCAACCCUCUACGCCGUCUACAACAUCUACUGUAACAACAACAUCUACAGAGACAGAAACAACACCUUCUACAACAACACCAUCAACGGAAACACCUGCAACAACUUCAACUACUACACCAACAACAACAUCUACAGAGACAGGAACAACACCACCUACAACUCCUACAACACCAACAUCAACAGAGACACCUACAACCACUUCCACUACUACAACAACAACAUCUACAGAGACAGGAACAACACCACCUACAACAUCAACAACAGAGACACCUACAACCACUUCCACCACUAUAACAACUACUGUAACAACAACACCUACAAUAUCUUGUAACCCCACCUAUGGUUGUAAGUGGUCGAACUGGUCGGACAACAACCUACCCAGUGAAGAACCCAAAGGACUGGAAACCGAAUCCAUUGAUGCUUUGUUGGCUUCACAAAACAUGAGCUGUCAGAAAGUAGAAGAAAUUGAAUGCAGAGCAGUGGAUUAUCCAAAUACAUCCUUGAGAAAGUUGCAGCAAACCGUGCAUUGCAAUGCAUCCUAUGGCUUGAUGUGUUCAAAUAAAGAAAAUGUAGACCACAUGAUACCAAUUUGUUUCAAUUAUGAAAUUCGUGUAUGUUGCUGUCCUCAACCCUCUACGCCGUCUACAACAUCUACUGUAACAACAACAUCUACAGAGACAGAAACAACACCUUCUACAACAACACCAUCAACGGAAACACCUGCAACAACUUCAACUACUACAACAACAACAAAAUCUACAGAGACAGGAACAACAACUCCUACACCACCAACAUCAACAGAGACACCUACAACCAUUUCCAUUACUACAACAGCUACUGUAACAACAACAUCUAUAGAGACAGAAACAACACCUUCUGCAACUCCUACAACACCAACUUCAACAGAGACACCUACAACCACUUCCACUACUACAACAACAACAUCUACAGAGACAGGAACAACACCACCUACAACAUCAACAACAGAGACACCUACAACCACUUCCAUUACUACAACAGCUACUGUAACAACAACAUCUACAGAGACAGAAACAACACCUUCUACAACAACAACAUCAACAACAGAAACACCUACAACCACUUCCAUUACUACAGCAUCUACUGUAACAACAUCGACAGAGACAGAAACAACACAUUCUGCAACUCCUACAACACCAACUUCAACAGAGACACCUACAACCACUUUGACCACUACAACAACUACUGUAACAACAACAUCUACAGAGACAGAAACAACACCUUCUGCAACUCCUACAACACCAACUUCAACAGAGACACCUACAACCACUUCCACCACUAUAACAACUACUGUAACAACAACACCUACAAUAUCUUGUAACCCCACCUAUGGUUGUAAGUGGUCGAACUGGUCGGACAACAACCUACCCAGUGAAGAACCCAAAGGACUGGAAACCGAAUCCAUUGAUGCUUUGUUGGCUUCACAAAACAUGAGCUGUCAGAAAGUAGAAGAAAUUGAAUGCAGAGCAGUGGAUUAUCCAAAUAUAUCCUUGAGAAAGUUGCAGCAAACCGUGCAUUGCAAUGCAUCCUAUGGCUUGAUGUGUUCAAAUAAAGAAAAUGUAGACCACAUGAUACCAAUUUGUUUCAAUUAUGAAAUACGUGUAUGUUGCUGUCCUCAACCCUCUACGCCGUCUACAACAUCUACUGUAACAACAACAUCUACAGAGACAGAAACAACACCUUCUACAACAACACCAUCAACGGAAACACCUGCAACAACUUCAACUACUACACCAACAACAACAUCUACAGAGACAGGAACAACACCACCUACAACUCCUACAACACCAACAUCAACAGAGACACCUACAACCACUUCCACUACUACAACAACAACAUCUACAGAGACAGGAACAACACCACCUACAACAUCAACAACAGAGACACCUACAACCACUUCCACCACUAUAACAACUACUGUAACAACAACACCUACAAUAUCUUGUAACCCCACCUAUGGUUGUAAGUGGUCGAACUGGUCGGACAACAACCUACCCAGUGAAGAACCCAAAGGACUGGAGACUGAAUCCAUUGAUGCUUUGUUGGCUUCACAAAACCUGAGCUGUCAGAAAGUAGAAGAAAUUGAAUGCAGAGCAGUGGAUUAUCCAAAUACAUCCUUGAGAAAGUUGCAGCAAACCGUGCAUUGCAAUGCAUCCUAUGGCUUGAUGUGUUCAAAUAAAGAAAAUGUAGACCACAUGAUACCAAUUUGUUUCAAUUAUGAAAUUCGUGUAUGUUGCUGUCCUCAACCCUCUACGCCGUCUACAACAUCUACUGUAACAACAACAUCUACAGAGACAGAAACAACACCUUCUACAACAACACCAUCAACGGAAACACCUGCAACAACUUCAACUACUACAACAACAACAAAAUCUACAGAGACAGGAACAACAACUCCUACACCACCAACAUCAACAGAGACACCUACAACCACUUCCAUUACUACAACAGCUACUGUAACAACAACAUCUAUAGAGACAGAAACAACACCUUCUGCAACUCCUACAACACCAACUUCAACAGAGACACCUACAACCACUUCCACUACUACAACAACAAGAUCUACAGAGACAGGAACAACACCACCUACAACAUCAACAACAGAGACACCUACAACCACUUCCAUUACUACAACAGCUACUGUAACAACAACAUCUACAGAGACAGAAACAACACCUUCUACAACAACAACAUCAACAGAAACACCUACAACCACUUCCAUUACUACAGCAUCUACUGUAACAACAUCGACAGAGACAGAAACAACACAUUCUGCAACUCCUACAACACCAACUUCAACAGAGACACCUACAACCACUUUGACCACUACAACAACUACUGUAACAACAACAUCUACAGAGACAGAAACAACACCUUCUGCAACUCCUACAACACCAACUUCAACAGAGACACCUACAACCACUUCCACCACUAUAACAACUACUGUAACAACAACACCUACAAUAUCUUGUAACCCCACCUAUGGUUGUAAGUGGUCGAACUGGUCGGACAACAACCUACCCAGUGAAGAACCCAAAGGACUGGAGACUGAAUCCAUUGAUGCUUUGUUGGCUUCACAAAACCUGAGCUGUCAGAAAGUAGAAGAAAUUGAAUGCAGAGCAGUGGAUUAUCCAAAUACAUCCUUGAGAAAGUUGCAGCAAACCGUGCAUUGCAAUGCAUCCUAUGGCCUGAUAUGUUCAAAUAAAGAAAAUGUAGACCACAUGAUACCAAUUUGUUUCAAUUAUGAAAUACGUGUAUGUUGCUGUCCUCAAACCUCUACCCUGUCUACAACAUCUACUGUAACAACAACAUCUACAGAGACAGAAACAACACCUUCUACAACAACACCAUCAACGGAAACACCUGCAACAACUUCAACUACUACACCACCAACAACAUCUACAGAGACAGGAACAACACCACCUACAACUCCUACAACACCAACAUCAACAGAGACACCUACAACCACUUCCAUUACUACAACAACUACUGUAACAACAACAUCUAUAGAGACAGAAACAACACCUUCUGCAACUCCUACAACACCAACUUCAACAGAGACACCUACAACCACUUCCACUACUACAACAACAACAUCUACAGAGACAGGAACAACACCACCUACAACAUCAACAACAGAGACACCUACAACCACUUCCAUUACUACAGCAUCUACUGUAACAACAACAUCUACAGAUACAGAAACAACACCUUCUACAACAACAACAUCAACAGAAACACCUACAACCACUUCCAUUACUACAGCAUCUACUGUAACAACAUCGACAGAGACAGAAACAACACAUUCUGCAACUCCUACAAUACCAACUUCAACAGAGACACGUACAACCACUUUCACCACUACAACAACUACUGUAACAACAACAUCUACAGAGACAGAAACAACACCUUCUACAACUCCUACAACACCAACUUCAACAGAGACACCUACAACCACUUCCACCACUAUAACAACUACUGUAACAACAACACCUACAAUAUCUUGUAACCCCACCUAUGGUUGUAAGUGGUCGAACUGGUCGGACAACAACCUACCCAGUGAAGAACCCAAAGGACUGGAGACUGAAUCCAUUGAUGCUUUGUUGGCUUCACAAAACCUGAGCUGUCAGAAAGUAGAAGAAAUUGAAUGCAGAGCAGUGGAUUAUCCAAAUACAUCCUUGAGAAAGUUGCAGCAAACCGUGCAUUGCAAUGCAUCCUAUGGCCUGAUAUGUUCAAAUAAAGAAAAUGUAGACCACAUGAUACCAAUUUGUUUCAAUUAUGAAAUACGUGUAUGUUGCUGUCCUCAAACCUCUACCCUGUCUACAACAUCUACUGUAACAACAACAUCUACAGAGACAGAAACAACACCUUCUACAACAACACCAUCAACGGAAACACCUGCAACAACUUCAACUACUACACCACCAACAACAUCUACAGAGACAGGAACAACACCACCUACAACUCCUACAACACCAACAUCAACAGAGACACCUACAACCACUUCCAUUACUACAACAACUACUGUAACAACAACAUCUAUAGAGACAGAAACAACACCUUCUGCAACUCCUACAACACCAACUUCAACAGAGACACCUACAACCACUUCCACUACUACAACAACAACAUCUACAGAGACAGGAACAACACCACCUACAACAUCAACAACAGAGACACCUACAACCACUUCCAUUACUACAGCAUCUACUGUAACAACAACAUCUACAGAUACAGAAACAACACCUUCUACAACAACAACAUCAACAGAAACACCUACAACCACUUCCAUUACUACAGCAUCUACUGUAACAACAUCGACAGAGACAGAAACAACACAUUCUGCAACUCCUACAAUACCAACUUCAACAGAGACACGUACAACCACUUUCACCACUACAACAACUACUGUAACAACAACAUCUACAGAGACAGAAACAACACCUUCUACAACUCCUACAACAUCUACAACUACACCCAGCAGUAAUUUAACCACAUGUUCCCAAAAGGUUUAUGUUAACGAUGUUGAGAUGAAGCCAACAAUCCAACUGGGAGAUAUAAUCAUCACCACUACUGCCAUUACAGUGCUUGUGAAUGUAUCUGAUAUUAAAGCUGAGAUUUUAGUCAGUAAGCAAGCUGUUUCUGUCAAACUCCCAUUCUCUUACUUCCAUGGUAAUACUGAGGGACAAUGUGGGUAUUGUGACAAUAGCAUAGCAAAUGACUGCAGACUCCCUAACGGAAAAAUUGAAAAAUCUUGUGAGUACAUGGCACAGUUUUGGAUGGUACCUCCAGGAUGCAAUCCUCCUCCUUAUGUACCUCCACGUCAGCCAAGUUGUGCACCAGAAAUGUACAAUGCCUGUGAACUCAUCAAGGGCAAAUUUUUUGAAAAAUGCCAUAAGGUUGUUCCAUAUGAAAACUAUUAUGAUGCAUGCAAAUAUGAUGUGUGCACCCUUAAAAAUAAAUCUGUUGCCUGUAUCAGCCUGGAGGCCUAUGCACAGCAAUGUGGCCUACAGUCUGUUUGUGUGGACUGGAAAAAUUCAGCUGACCUUAAAGGGUUAUGUGAAUACAAGUGCCCGAGUCACAAAGUGUACAAGGCAUGUGGGCCUAAGAUAGAAAAAACCUGCAGUACAAGAUACAAUGAUGAGUUUGUGGAGAACAAUUGCCAAGGCAAGAAUUGUCAAAAAACAUUCAUGGAAGGUUGUUUCUGUCCUGACAACACAUAUCUAGUUAGUUCAACGAUAGAUAAAUGUACACGCAACUGCGAUUGCAUUGGCCCUGAUGGAUUACCUAGAUUGCCUGGGCAAACAUGGACCUUUAACUGUACAAUGUACCAAUGCUCCAAUGAGAGCUUUGGUAUUGUGAAAGAGCCUAUUACGUGUCCUACCAUAAAACCAUGUGGCCAUGAAUACAAAACAACAAUUGAAAACUGCUGUCCAACCUGUGUGUGUGAUCAUGAGCUGUGUCUUCAGAAGAAAUGUGAUGUGGGAUUUGAGUUAGCAGCAAAUACGACCAAUAAUAGCUGCUGUCCACCCUGUGUGCGCAAAGAAGUCUGUGUGUACAAUAACACUGAAUACAAGCCUGGAGUUAAAAUCCCUGUGGACACUUGUGAGGAAUGUUACUGUGAAAUGAAUAAAAUGACUCAACUGCAUUAUGUGAAAUGUGGUACAAAAGUCCACGCACCUUGCCCUCCGGGCUUUGAAUAUGUGAAACAAGAAGGAGAGUGCUGUGGAAUGUGUGUACCAAACAUGUGUAAUUACACAGCAGACAACAAAACAUAUCAUCUCCAGAUUGGAGAAGCCCUCGGUGACAAAUGUGAAAGCGUUACCUGUCGUAAAGUUGAUGGCUCAUUAGUGAUUGAGAAGACCAAAUCAGAAUGUUCAUCCUCGUCACUUGCCUGUGAACGUGGAUUUGAAUAUGUGAAACAAAAAGGAGAUUGCUGUGGAUCAUGUAAACAAAGAUUCUGUUUUAUGAUGCACCAGACAACACCAGACAUUUUCUCAAGGACCAAGAGGGGUACAAGUUCAGAUGUACAACUGCUACCUGCCAUGAACUGAAUGGCACAUUUGUGAUGAUGGAGAGCAUUAAAAAAUGCCCUGAAUUUAAUCCAGAGGACUGUGAGCCUGGAACAUUAAAAUUUGACAUAGAUGGAUGUUGCCAGAUCUGUAAGUCCAGGAACUGUGUUCUUGAGAAGAACGUCACCCGUCUGCAUGUUGAUGAUUGCACUUCCGUCGAGGAUGUAGAAGUUACUUCCUGCACUGGCCGCUGUGACACCAAAUCAAUGUAUUCAAUGAACACAAAGGCUAUGAUACACAGCUGUUCCUGUUGCAAGGAGGAGAGCACCGGCCAUCGAAAUGUGACGCUGAAGUGUGCCGACAACAGUGAGAUUGUUCGUGACUACAAGUACAUAAAGAGCUGCAAUUGCACUCCUACUAAGUGUGUAGACUAGAAGACAUCUGGAUAAAAGACCCUGCUUCAGUUUGAUUACUGCUGAUUUAAACAUAAUUCAAUGUUAUGUAAUUAAUAAUUCAUAUUAAAAAAAUAAAUAUAUAUAUAUAUAUAUAUAUAUAUCCAAAAUGAUUUAAGCUGAUUACUGUAGUUCAUUAAUAGCUAAAAUUACUUAAGCAAAUUAUGCACCAUUUAUUUUUUCUUUGUGGUUUAAUCUAGGGAUAUGGUUAACUCUAAGCAUAAUCUGUUUAGUUUUCUCUCGAAGGGGAUUCUGGUAAUUUCUUUCAUUCUUUACAAUGUUUGGUAAUGCAUGAUAUGAUGUUGUACUUUUCCUUUCAAUUAAAUGAAUUAUAAUCAAUAAAGCAUAAUAC